AUGGCGGCGCGAGCGCAUCGCGAGGCCCAGUGUCACUCUAGUUUUGCAAUCUUGCAACUAUUCCUGCUCAUCUUGGGGCUGUUUACGCGGAAUUCCUCCGCUUUAACGUCAUACACCCGACAGGAGCUUCUGGAUAUGGUUUACACGUCCCUCAGGACUUAUAGAUCCAGACCUUCUACAACUCAUCCCCGGAGUCUCCAGAAGACCCGAGGCUACGCUCCUCACCUGGCCGACCCCGUCGAGAACGUAAACAAAGACGGGGGAAACGGGGCGGACUGA